AUGGAGUGCCUAAAAGCUGAGGAAGUGGAGACGCAAAACCAGCUCCCACAAAAUCAAGAGACACACAAGGGCACCACCUUCCUUAGAACUUGUUUUAAUGGACUCAAUGCUUUAUCAGGUGUAGGGAUACUCUCGAUUCCCUAUGCGCUUUCUCUAGGGGGGUGGCUGAGCUUAGUACUGCUUUUUCUAGUGGCAGUUCUAUGUUGGUAUACAGGAUUACUUCUAAGACGUUGUAUGGAUUCAGACCCACUCAUCAGAAGUUAUCCUGAUAUAGGAGAGCGAGCUUUCGGAUACAAAGGACGAGCUGUAGUAUCCAUCUUCAUGUAUCUGGAGCUGUACUUAGUAGCUGUUGAAUUUCUGAUACUAGAAGGUGACAAUUUAGACAAGUUGUUUCCAAACACAGGUUUCAAAUUUGCUGGACUAUACAUUGGAGGUAAAACAGCCUUUGUUCUGCUCACUGCCCUUGUAAUCCUACCAACGACAUGGUUAAAGAGUCUAGGCAUGCUGGCCUAUGUUUCUGCUGGUGGGGUUAUGGCUUCUGUACUUUUGGUUGGUUGCGUUUUGUGGGUUGGAGCAGUUGAUGGUGUGGGGUUCCAUGAAAAUGGUGUGCUUUUGAAUUGGGAAGGAUUGCCUACUACUUUAAGCUUGUUCACCUUUUGUUACUGUGGCCAUGCAGUUUUUCCCACAUUGUGCAAUUCCAUGAAAGACAGAAGCCAAUUCUCUAAGGUAGGAAGCUAUGUAAAAACAGGAUCUUCUUAUAUUUGGCUUUCUGGUAAUGCAACUAUGCUAGUGAUAUCUUUUGGGUUCAAAUUUAUAAGAGUAUGGUGUGGUUCUGACCUUUUCUUUACUGUAUUCUCUCCUUUGCAGGUUUUGCUUAUCUGUUUUGUUAUAAGUACCAUCACUUAUGGUUCAAUGGCAGUUCUAGGCUACCUCAUGUAUGGAGAGGAUCUGAAGUCUCAAGUGACCUUAAACCUUCCAAUCAGAAAAAUUGGUUCAAAAAUAGCAAUAUAUACCACUCUAGUCAAUCCCCUGACCAAAUAUGCGAUUAUUACUGCUCCAAUUGCUACAGCUAUUGAGGACACAUUGGUUUUCCGCAACAGCAGAUAUCUCAGCAUCCUCAUCAGAACAGUGAUCGUGAUCAGUACUGUAGUUGUGGCACUCACAAUUCCCUUUUUUGGAUACGUGAUGGCUUUUAUUGGUGCGUUUUUGGGUGUCUCUGUCUCCAUGUUGUUGCCCUGCUUGUGCUGCCUUAAGAUUGACAAAUCUGCUCGAAGUUUUGGAAUAGAGUUGGUGUUAAUUGUGGGAAUAUUGAUGAUCGGGUCUUUUGUGUGUAUAAUAGUAAUGCAGUUAAUUUGCAAGAGCAGCUUGUGCCCUUUAGGAAGAUCUUGCAAGUCGAAUGCAAUGCAAUACAGGGCUGAAAACUCUGGCAGAGCAGAAUAUAGAACUAUACAAUACUCUGCCUUUAGUCAUAAUAUUUCCUCUUCAAGGUACGCAUCUAAAACCAGAUCCUUGUUCCCCAUUGAUAAUCAAUGA